GCCAGCUGAGUGAGCGGCAUGAUUUUUUGACUGUCCGUUAACUUAAAGUAGCAAGUUAUUCAAUGAAAAUGUUGCAAUACACACUAUUCAGUGUACCAUUAAGACGCAGCAAUUUGUUGCUGAGCUAUACUGCCCAGGUCAUCAAACGAUGCUACAGCGCUGACAUCAGAAACAUUGGCAUUUUGGCACACAUAGAUGCAGGGAAAACUACAACAACAGAACGCAUGCUUUUCUAUUCCGGCAAGACACGUGCAUUGGGCGAAGUUCAUCACGGGAACACUGUAACUGAUUACCUCACACAGGAACGGGAACGAGGCAUCACAAUUUGCAGCUCCGCCGUCACAUUUGCUUGGAAUGGAAAACGCAUAAAUCUUUUAGACACUCCUGGUCAUAUUGAUUUUACCAUGGAGGUUGAACAAUCCCUGUAUGCCGUGGACGGAGUUAUUGUUGUUUUGGACGGCACGGCUGGAGUUGAAGCCCAAACAGUAACCGUGUGGACACAGGCCGACAAGCAUAAUCUUCCGCGACUCGUGUUUGUCAAUAAAAUGGAUCGUCCGGACGCCAACUUUGAUAAAUGUGUUGACGAUUUGAAGUCAAAGCUGGAUGCCAAGCCAAUAUGCACGCAGUACCCAAUGAAAAAUGAUAAUGGACAAUUAGGAAUAUACGAUGUGAUCACAUUGGAGCAAUUAAGUUGGCAACAAAAGGAUUUUGGCCGCCUUUAUAGCAUUAGAAAAUUGGAAUCUUCUGAUACGCUUCGAGAGUUACAAGAGAAACGGAAUGAGCUUAUUGAUCAGCUUUCCGGACUUGAUGACGAGCUAGCUGAGAUUGUCAUCAGCACAGAAAGCUUUGACCAAGUCAGCAAUGAGCUGAUUGGACAAGCUUUGCGUCGCGCUACCUGCCAAAAGAAGAUUGUGCCCGUGCUUCUGGGAUCUGCCUAUAAGAAUAUAGGGAUACAACGUUUGAUGGAUGCCGUUAUUGACUAUUUACCCAGUCCGGGGGAACGUAAUCAGAUAUACAACUGCUUUGGUAACGAUCUUGCGGGCAAGGUUUUCAAAAUUGUACAUGACAAGCAGCGAGGAGCUCUUACUCUAGUCCGUUUAUUACGCGGGGAGAUAAAACGUGGAAUGCGUUUGACGAGCUCGAGCGGACAUGCUGAGGUUGUCUCCAAAAUCUACGAGCCUCUGGCUGAUGAAUACAGAGAAGUGAGUUCGGUACAAGCUGGAGAUGUGGCGAUAUGUGCGGGUCUUAAGUCCACAGUCACUGGAGAUCUGCUCACCAGCAGCCAUUCAUCUCUGAAGAAUGCUCAGAAGCGUUUACUGCAAACUAGAGGUGAGACAACACAGCAAAAGGACGUCGACGACGAUGAGGAGUUGGGUGUAUGCCAGGAGAUGUUUUCAAUUGAAACGCAAAUACUGGAUGCCGUUUACUUCUGCUCUAUUGAACCUCCCAGUAUAUCCUCACAGACAGCGAUGGAGAAUGCGCUCAAGCAAUUGCAGCGUGAGGAUCCCAGCCUGCGUGUCAGCUAUGAUGCAGUCACCGGACAGACGGUGCUUGGAGGAAUGGGUGAACUGCACAUGGAUAUCAUUAAGUCGCGAAUGCUGAGUGAAUACAAAAUAGAUGUUGAUUUGGGACCCCUUCAAAUUGCCUACAAGGAGACCAUCGAAUCGCCAGCUAUUAACACUUUAAGUUUGGAAAAAGAAAUUGCGGGAAGCAAGCAAAAUAUGAGCAUUACUCUGGAGCUAAUCAAUGACCAUACAGAACUGUUCAGCUUAGAUAAAUCGCCCGAGAACGUUCAAAAUCUCAAUGCAUUACGGCCUCGCAUCCUUCAAGUAGUGCGCAAGGGUGCAAUCAGUGCCUUAGAGCGUGGACCACGUGUUGGUGGCCAGGUGGUGGAUACUCAGAUACGGCUACAUAAUGUCCUUAUAGGUCGUGGCACUGCCGACUCCUUUAUCAUGUCAACGGCCGCACAGUGCGUGCAAAAGCUGCUUGGCACAUGUGGAACACGCUUACUGGAACCCAUUAUGGCCAUGCAAAUUGUGGCACCCAACGAACGUAUUUCUGGCAUUAUGGCGGAUCUGUCCAGGCGGCGAGCGAUCAUCAAAGACGUGAUGCCAAAAGGGGAUAAGAAUAGGCUUAUUUUGGUAAAUGCACCAUUGGCUGAGCUCUCCGGAUAUUCAAGUGCCCUGCGUACGAUUAGCUCUGGAACAGCCAGCAUGACAAUGCAGCCAUGUGGAUUUUCGGAGAUGAACUCGGCAGAUGAAUCACUUGCCGUUCGACGUGCUCAAGGAUUAGAAUAAUAAGAUAUCCAUUCGUUUGUUAUUUACUUUUAUGUAGAGUGAUUGUAGCAUGCUGAGAGCAGUAGGUCAGUUGAACAUAAAGUAAAAAAACACAGUACAGUAACAAAUGUGUAAAUUGUCGCACGUGCAUUAUUAGAAACUUUGGUGAUACAAUUGAUGUCGGACGUAUUUUCUAUAUUACUUUUUAAACUCUCCAACCAUAAACAUUUCAAAAGAAAAAA